ACUGCCUCACUGCUGUCUGCAGCUCUCCACUGCUUCUCCUGCUCCUCACGAUGCUGGGCUUCGGACUCAGCUGUCUGCUGCUGCAUGUGUGUGUGGUGUUUGGGACUGAGCUCACCUUUGAGCUCUCUGACAACGAAAAGCAGUGUUUUUACGAGGAGCUAGAGACAGACGUGAAGUUUGAAAUAGACUUCCAAGUCAUCGCAGGAGGCAACUAUGAUGUGGACUCAUUCGUCACCGACCCUCAAAACAAUGUCUUGUAUAAUGAGAAGAAGAAGCAAUAUGACAGCUUCUCUCACACCACUGCCAUGGGGGGAGUGUACAAGGUCUGCUUCAGCAAUGAGUUCUCCACUUUUACACAUAAAACUGUGUACCUGGAUUUCCGCCACGGAGAUGAGGAGCCUCUCAUUCAGACCAUGAAUGGAGCUACAGCACUGACACAGUUGGAGUCAUCUUGCGUCGCGAUUCAUGAGGUCCUGAAGGUGGUGGCUGACUCGCAGACAUGGUACAGGCUAAGAGAGGCACACGACCGCAUGAAGGCCGAUCAUCUCCUCGAGCGGGUCACCUACUGGUCCAUCGGGGAAACCGUCCUGCUGUUUGUUAUCGGCGUCGGUCAAGUCGUGUUGCUCAAGAGCUUCUUCAGUGAGAGGAAAGGCUCUGUAGCAGCCCUCACUUAAAACUCCUAGUCUUGGCGUGGCCUCAGAAAGACAGGUGGAACCUCGUCAGUGUGAACAUAAGUGCGUUUGGAGAUUACAAACAUCUUUUAGUAUUUUCAGCAGAUCUUUCCUUAAAAGGGAUAGUUUUGGAGGUAUUUUUUUUUUUUUCUGCUCACCAAGUGUCAAACUUGUGAUUGCCUUUUUCAUGUCGUGGUGUUUUUUUCUUAGCAAUCUUUAUCGAGAAGAAACAACCUUUGUACUUGUUUUGAAAAUGAGAUUGACACCUUUCAACCUUGCGCUGAAUAUUUAUUAUAUAUUUUUUUAGUGCAGCAUAAAGCAGGUAUAGUUUGAUAUAUCUGUUAAUAAUGACAGUCAUGGAUUUUCAUCUGGGUACUCAGUAAAAACACAAGAUGUUGUGGCAAAUCAGUUGUUUAUGAAUGUUAGUUGUACUUGUUUUAUAAUGUGUGUUAUGUUUAAUAUUACCUUUAAUUUAUGUGUGGAAAAAUGUGAGGUGUAAGAGCUUUGACUCCCUCAUCCCCUUGUCUCUCUCAUAAGAAGUGCCUUAAGAAAUCUUUUUUUUUUUUAAUUUCCUACCAAGUUUAAAGUUUACUGUUUUAAUUGGUCUGUUACAUACCGUCCUGUUUCUGAUUGGAUUCUCAGUUUUCAUUCUUGUGGAUUAUAAAUCCAUGUUGUUUUAGAAAGAGAUGUGUUUAAUAAACACUGUUAAGGGACCCAAUUAGUGUGGCUUUUCUUUUUCCCCAACACAAUUAUGCUUGCAGUCCCAUUGUUUAUCUGUCUCAUUGUAAUUUGUAAAACCAGUCAAAAGGUUUCAAUAAAACUGGGAAGAAAGAUAUUUUUGGUGAAGAUGAAAAUCCAGUUUCUUUAAAUUGCCAUAUUAUGAUUUGUAUUUUUGAGCCAUUUUGUUAUUUUCUGGUACAAUGUGUAUGGAGGUGCCAACUUAGAUUCAGGUUCAUUUAAAGUGUAUUUUUAAUUUUAACCAUUCUUUUUUUGAAAACAUGUUAUAUUUUUCAUCAGAUAAUUGUGCAGCCUUGGCGAAUAUAUAUCGGCUCUCUGUG